GUGGUGUUUAUUAUUUGAGGAAUGUAUUUCCUGGCGGUUAGUAUCUAUGGGGAAUGCGGGAGAAGUUAUUGAUAAUGGGUUUUGGAUAUCACAGCCCCCGCUCGGAAUCAUUAUUGCACUGGGUUGGAAUUGAUUUUGAGAAGUGUCUGCAAUUUCACAUAGUCGGGUGUAACUUGAUCUAUUGGGUUUCCUGUUUAUCUCUUGUCAGCGAUUGUUCGGAUCGUGGGUACUGUUUGUUUCGUCUCGUUCGGUCGGGGAUUGCGAUCAGAUUUCUGCAGAUUGGCAUGGUGCAUCCGGUGUAAUGAGUUUCUGUGACAGUUCUUUGGGUACUCUUAGAUCAGUCUGCUGCUGUCUUUUCUCGUGGCAGGAGUGUUAAUAUGCCUUCGAAAGGCCGUCGUAUUCGAAAUGCUCCUCGGGAGUUGAGAGUUUUGUUGUCGCGGUGUGAUCAACCUGGACCUGAUGGGGUGAAAGUGUCUCUUGGUCUUUUGCCAUAUGUCGAUAUGGUUUUGGGAGAGAAUCCUGAUAUUUUUAGGUUGAGUGGAGUUUUGAAUAAGCAGUUUUUUGGAGGUGGGGUGCGUGGAUUCACCUAUCUUCGAUCUAACCGAAAGAAGGACUGUUUCGGUUAUACAGAUUUUACGACGAAGAUAAUUUAUUUGCAAGAGUUCAUGUUCUCCGCGGGGUUGUGUAGGACAGUGUUAGUUCGCACCCUCUUUCAUGAGAUGAUCCAUGCGUUUUUGGAUAACACUGGCGCGGAUAGGAACGAGAACUCUGGGCAUGGACCGAUUUUUAUGAGGGAGGUGUCCCGGAUAAACAAGCUGCUGGGAUGUGAUCUGAUGGAUGAAAGUGACGUUUCUUGGGAUAGGCUACGGAUUUUAAAUCUGGAUAAGGUUUUUAUCUGUAACAAGUGUCGGAAGAAGGUGUCACGCGUCUUAACUCGCCCACCAGGACCGGAUGAUUUUUAUCCUUGGUAUGAGAGUCAUCGGAGGAGAUGUGGGGGUACUUUUGGUUUGGCAGCUUGAUCGGGUGGUCUGAGGUUUGGAAGGGUGAUUGGGGAUGAGGGAUUCUUCUACUAUUUCUGGGACAGCAGGCCAUAGCAGUGUGAGGAUCUUAUGCAUCGAAUGGAGGCAUUUUUGGGACUGUCGGCCGAAAGUCGGCCCAGUAUUGACGAUGUUUAUGGAGACUCUAUCCCCGAUUUCGGAGUGUUUCUGUUGCUUACUACGAGUUUUGGAUGUGUUUGGAUAUACCACGA